UCAGUUCCAGUUUGCGUGAGCGCUGGUUUGGGAACACAAAACCGGGUGCUCGGCGAAUCAUUCCAACCCGGCACUAGAAAAUGUUAUCUUUUAUCAGUGAAAAAUGUGGUUUUUAACGUUGUUUGCGUUCGUGCUGCCAUUCUUUACCGUGCACGGAAAUGAUUACAAUUUCCUUUUCAACGCUACUAAACUGCCAAAUAAAGCCGUAACGCCAACGCUAGCGAAUGGACAUCUCGGGUUCGUCGUGUACGGAGAUUCCGUCCACCUGAACGGUGUGUACAAUGGUUUGAAAGGCGUAAGCCACCGGGCACGGAUCCCAAACUUUGCCAACAUUCAGCUAGCCAAUUGUUCAUCGCUGCAAACGCAACCGAAAAACUGCCGGUAUCAGUUGGACAUGCGACAAGGCAAGUUCCGAACGACACUGGACGAUCCAGCGGGCGGCUACCGGGUGCAGCACGAAGUCUAUCCCAACAGACAUUUCGAUCAAACGAUCGUGAACCGCAUACACAUCCGCCGGCUGAAAUCGACCGGCCUGCUGGAGGUGGAAACGCGUCAGCUGAUGGGAUCGAAAAGCGUCGAUCUGGUAGAAGUACCGGCGGAAAAGCUAAACUUCCAUGGUGAAGAGUAUCUUCUUCUGUGCACGAAAACGAAACAGGUUGAAGAUCCCAUGUAUCAAAAGGAAGGACAUCCGGUGUGUGUGGCGUACAGGCAAGUGCCACGCAAAUUAACUCUCACCCCGGAGGAAACGGAUCGUGAGUUUCUUUACCUGACGGUUUUCUCGCACACGAGGCAGGAAGUGGAAAGGGAAUUGAACGGGCUGAAGGGUAACGAUCACGAAAGGAUGCACCGCGUUGAGAUGGGUCGUAUGUGGCAAAAGUAUGGCAUCCGGGUGGAGGGAAACGAUCGGUUAGAUCGUGUCAUCAAAGCAAGUGCCUUCUACCUAUCGAGCUCCCUCCCAUCCCAAUCAUCCUUCCAACCGGGCAGCUAUCCGUUCUAUGGCCUUUCCCCAUCAGGAUUGGGUCGUGGCGGUAAGGAACUAGCCGAGUACCAGGGACACAGUUUUUGGGAUACGGAAAUGUGGAUGUUUCCACCGAUCUUGCUGCUCGAUCCAGCGAAUGCCCGGAAGCUGCUACAUUACCGAACGCUCGUAACGGAAGCGGCCGCCGAUUAUGCCCGCAGCAAUGGGUACGAAGGUUGGCAAUACGCCUGGGAGUCGGCAUUUACCGGGCGCGAAGUAACGCCGGACUUUUGUCCCCAGGUGCCGGAAUAUCAGCACCACAUAACGGCGGACAUAGCGUACGCGGCUCGGCUGUACUAUUACGCGACCGGCGAUCUCGAGUGGUUGCGUACGGAUGCGUGCCGGUUGGCGUACGAAACGGCACGGUUUUGGAAGAGUCGGGUAGAUUAUAAUCCGGACACGGAUACGUUCGACAUUGGGCGGAUUAUGGGUCCGGAUGAGGAUCAUCAUAACGUCACGAACAGCAUCUACACGAAUGUGAUUGCGGCACAUAAUUUGUUCUUCGGUGCGUUCGUUGGGUGCCAUUGCCGGGCAUCGCUUCCUGAAGCUUCCGAGGAAGAGUUUGCCCAGUUCGUGCGGGUGGCCAAAAGUAUCACCCUACCGUACAACGCACAGUACGAUGUGCAUCCGGAGUAUCAGGAGUACACGUUCGGUACCCAGAUAAAGCAGGCGGACGUUGUGCUGUUGGGCUAUCCGUUGGAGUUUCCCAUGAAGGAGUCAACGAAGGCAAACAAUCUAAAGCUUUAUUCGAUGGUAACGCGCCCCGAUGGUCCCGCUAUGACGUGGGCGAUCCACACGAUCGGUCAUCUCGAUUUGAACGAGCCGGACCACGCAGCGGCAAUGUUCCGCAAGAGCUACAAGCAGUACCUGCGUGCGCCGUUUCACGUUUGGAGCGAAAAUGGUGAUGGGGCCGAUGGGGCGGGUAAUUUCAUAACCGGUGCCGGAGGAUUUCUACAAUCGCUCAUCAACGGGUACGCUGGCGUGCGGUUACGACACGGCAAGUUGGUUAUCGCCAAUGCUCGGCUACCGCCCGGUACGACGCGACUGUUUCUACCGGAGCUUAACUUUGGUGGCGUGAAGUUCGCGCUCGACGUAGGACAGAACAGUUUUCGUGUUACGUUUGGCAGUGGGACGAGAGAGUCGUUUGCAAAGCUCACUCUGCUCGUGGACGAUCUCGAGCGGGACCUGUUCGAAGGGUGUGAAUAUGCGGGAAGCAAAAACGCUGUCCUUCUGUUACGACUAGAGCGUGAUAAUGAAGUGGACAGUGAAAAGACGUCUUCCUGCACGCUGCACGAUACCGUCCUUGGUAUGCGGUUAGCCGACCAGGAUGGCCGACUGUUUACGACCACACAGCUGAUUGUAAUUUCACUCGCCACCGGACUGUUGGGUGUGUUGUACAGCAUCUAUGCAGCGCUGAAAAGUAAGCGUGGCCGUGGGAAAGCGACUGAAAAGGAAAUCCUGAGCAAGAGACUUCGAAAGAAACAGAAAAGUAAAGCCGGUAAAUAAAUGUACACCUUUUCUGAUGUGAUGGGCAAAAGGAGAGAGAGCAUAUCGAAUGGAA